CGUGCGCCCGCCCAAGACGGAAGGGAGAAGGGCCGUGGAAGACGGGAGCGAGGGUGGAAACUUUCAUGACACCUUUCAUACCAUGGCAUUCAACAGGCACAUAAAUCUCUCUCGCCAACGAAUUAACACACCUAGAAAUAGGAUUGAAGCUCAGAUGCACCCUCCAUCUCACCAUUUUCUUCUCCGUUAAAGCUCUCCUUUGUGCCAUCUGGUCUAUUUCAUCUGAAUUAAAUGAUUACAGAGAGAGAGGAUCAGUAUUAAGGUGCGGUGUUAUAUUGUUUAGAAGUCAAGGAGUCCUCCUUCUAUAUUACAGUAUGGUACGUGAGAGAAGGAACGCUUCUUUUGGGCUGGAAUGAACGGAAGAAGCCUGAUUUUGGGAAGAGGGAGGUGUUGAUCUGGUCGAGGACAGGAUGAAGAGGUUCUUGCAUGCGUUCUCGGGCAAAAUGAAUGAGAUGUUUGGGCUGUUACAUGACAAGACUAGGAGCGCCGUGGCGUUGAUUCAAUCCUCGACGAGAGGAGUCAUCGUCGUCUUCCUUGCACUUGCUCUUCUCGUGGUCUUGAUUUCUCUUCGCUUCAUCAGCAACGAAUCCUUCACAGCCGGCGUGGCCGCCACCCUCUCCACGGUAGCCUCCAAGACUCAUCAAGCUUUCUUUGCACGCUCGGAGCCCCACCGAGCAGCACCAGAAGCCAACCGUUUUGCUUGCCCGCCCGGAAACCAAGCCGCCACCGCCCACGUUUGCCAAAGAAGAACACCACCCUCGCCCCCACCCUCGCUACCACCAUCUCCAUCCUCUCCUUUGCCUUCCCAUUCCUGCCCCGACUACUUCCGGUGGAUCCACGAGGACCUCCGUCCCUGGAACCGUACCGGCAUCACUCGUGACAUGGUGGCCGCUGCCCAGAAAUCCGCCGACUUCCGGCUGGUGGUCCUCGACGGCCGGGCUUACAUGGAGAGGUAUCACAAAGCAUUCGAGACCCGAGAUGUCUUCACCCUCUGGGGAAUCCUUCAGCUGCUGAACCGAUACCCCGGCCGCAUUCCCGACCUCGAACUCAUGUUCAACUGCGGCGACAUGCCGGUCAUUCCGUACGCCGACCACCGAGACUCUGCUCCGCCGCCGCCGCUCUUCCGCUACUGCAAGGAUGAUUCCACCGCCGACAUCCUGUUCCCCGACUGGUCCUUCUGGGGUUGGCCUGAGGUCAACGUAAAGCCAUGGAAGACACUGAGCGAGGAGCUGAGAGAAGCGAACGAGAGGAUGAGUUGGAUGGAAAGAGAGCCAUAUGCUUACUGGAAGGGCAACACCGGCGUGUGCGCGACUCGGCGGGAGGUGAUGCAGUGCAACGUCUCCAAUGGCAAGGAGUGGAAUGCUCGGAUAUACCAGCAGGACUGGGGUAUAACAAGAAGGCAAGGGUUUAAGGGAUCAGAUUUAGCCAGCCAAUGCAAGCAUAGGUAUAAGAUUUAUAUCGAAGGGAGGGCUUGGUCAGUGAGUGAGAAGUACAUUUUGGCGUGUGACUCGCCGACGCUGUACGUGAAGACUCAGUUCCAUGAUUUCUUCUCGAGGGGGCUGCUUCCUGGACGCCAUUACUGGCCCCUUCCGGACAGGGAUAAGUGCAGGUCGAUCAAGUUUGCCGUGGAUUGGGGCAACUCCCAUAAGAAAGAGGCACAAGCUAUAGGAAAGGAGGGGAGUCGCUUCAUUGAAGAACAGUUAAAGAUGGAUCAUGUGUAUGACUACAUGUUCCAUCUACUAAGUGAAUACGCCAAGCUUCUGACGUACAAACCUUCUAGGCCGAAGAAUGCCAUCGAGUUGUGUUUGGAAUCCAUGGCUUGCUCUGCAGAAGGGCUCAUAAAGACAUUCAUGAUAGAAUCAAUGCCGGAUCUCACUUCCGGCUCGAAUCCAUGCACGAUGCCGCCUCCUUUCAAUCCACAGGAGAUCAAAGAGCUUCUUCGGACAAAGGCCAAUUGCAUGAAAGAAGUGGAAAUGGGGGUGCAAAAAGGUCAUCUUAACUUGGUGAAUAAUAGUAGAUUAUGUUAGCUCUUCUGAGGAAAAAGAAGAAAAACAAAAGAAAAGAAAAAGAUUAUGUCGGCUAAGGGAACAAGUUCGAGCUAUGGCUUCCUAUAUAUCACACUACAGUCAUGUCCCAAUUAUAUGUAUCAUGGUUAUUAUUUAGUAUUCACAGUGCAACUAGUUAGUUGUGCAGUUGCAAACAUUUAGACAAAAAAUAGAACUACAAUAAAACUAAACAUUUUCUCAGGGAAAUGUGGGUUCUUCCA